CACACACACACCCACACACACACACACACCCACACACACACACACACACACACACACACACUCACACACACAAGCAGGCGGGUUUCCUGCAGUUCACUCACAAAAACACACAUGCACACACACACGAAGAAACCUAUUGGAUGCUACCAAAAACAGCUGUGGAUCAUUUUAUCAAACAUUUAUUUGGGUUGCAUGUUUUUGUUUUUUUUCACGUGGAGUUUUUCCAUUCCAUGUUCACCCAUGCAGUUUUUGGGACCGUACACGUUUGCAAGGGAGACAUGAAUGACUUUGUUGUUAAAUAAGUCACUCAGCUGGACUGAAGGAUUGUGAGUGCCAACCUUGAAUACGAAGAUGUCUCCCGGUGGUGUGUGCAUCCUGGCUGCUGCACUCUCGGCCCUCCUGGCUCACGGGGGCCAGGCUUGUCCCAGGAGUUGUAACUGCUACCAGGCGAGCGAAGUCCACUGUACUUUCCGCUCCCUGCUCACCGUCCCGCCCGGGCUGCCUGCGCACACACGCCGCAUCAACUUGGGGUUCAACAGCAUCAGCAGGAUCAAUGACACCUCACUCGCCGGGUUGAAGAGGUUAGAGCUUUUGAUGCUGCACAGCAAUGACAUCCACCACCUGCCGGAUGCACUGUUUAGAGACCUGACAUCACUGCAGAUUCUUAAACUAAGCUACAACAAGCUGACAGAGAUCCCUUCAUCCCGGACAUUCUCUGGCCUAACCUCGCUACUGCGUUUGUACUUGGAUCACAACCAUCUCCAGUACAUCCACCCUCGGGCUUUGCUGCAGCUGCCAAGCCUCCGUCUGCUCCGUCUACAAGGAAACAGGCUGCACCAGCUUCAUCCCCACGCUCUGUGCACAAUUUCUCUACUCAACACAUACUACUUUUCUACACUCAGGCACUUAGACGUGUCCAACAACAGUCUAAGCACCCUGCCAAGGGCCACCUUUAAGACUGCCCCCAUGCUGGAAACACUAUCACUGCAUGCCAACCCCUGGAGCUGCGACUGCAGGAUGAGUUGGUUCCCCACCUGGCAUUUUGCUCACCAAGAAUUAUUGAAAUGUUCCGGAGGUCCUGAGUGUCCGUUAUGUGAAUCACCAACUGCCCUUCGAGGUCAAAACUUGCUUAAACAGAAAGAUAUGACCUGCACCUCCCCUGUAAUUACCCUGCGGGGAGAAAAAACACCCUCUGAGAUUGAGUACAGUGAAAUCCGACCGAGUGAAUCCUUCAAAGAGCCUUUAGGGACCGCAUCCCUUGGCCUGUCGGACCAACAGGGGAACAGUGCCGAACUGCGCUGCAACAUCACUCACUCGGCAGACUCUCAAAAUGAAUUCCCUGCCCUGGAUCUCUCUCUUCCCUCCUCUUCUCCUGUCGCCAUGGCAUUGUCACUAACUCUGGAAUGCCCCGUGGAAAGAACGAGCUACGAGAGUCUUUGGAGGAUCCUGGCUUACUACAGUGAGACUGCAGUGCACCUUGAGAGAGAAAUCAUGCUGAAUAAACCACCAGGUCUGGCAUACCACUACCGGCAAGCAGCAGGGACAGAGGGAUAUUAUAAUACUGGAGUCAAAGCCACUGUCCAAACAGGACCACACUGGUUAAUGCAGCCAGCAAUUGGCAUUCAGCUUAACAGAGAACAGUCUAGCCGACACACGGUGAGCCUUAUAUACUCCACAAGAGUGUCUACUCAUCCUGACCCCACAACAGAUUCAGCAUCAUCUACCACUAUUUCUCACCCAUGGGUACUCAUUUCAACCUCCCAUACCCCCACAGCACUAGCAGCUAUCGCAGGCUCUAGGCUCGAGCUUUCCUGUCCCCUUUUAAGUUCUAGUAAGCCACAAAUACAAUGGAUUCUCCCAGAUGGAUCAAAACUUAUCUCCCCUUCCAUUAGUCAAGAUGGUGGAAUUCAGGCCUCUGGUACUGGGCUACUGCUGCACAAAGUGGAGCUCUCAAAUGCAGGGAUUUACUACUGUUUAGCCCAGGCUGGAACUGAUUCUGAUGUUCUCCCUCUGCGCCUGAUAGUGGAGGAGUCCUCCGCCUCAACAAUUGGCGAGCAAGUCGGACCCCCUGUAACAGGAUCAGCUGGACAGCCUGUCAGCCUAUCUUGCAAGGCAUCUGGUUCACCAGAACCACAAACAGGUUGGGUGUUACCAGAUGGGAAUGUAGUUUGGAAGGGUUUAGCAGUAUCAGGGGGACUUAUGAUACAAUCAAAUGGGAGUCUUUUUCUUUCCAACCCCUCUCUGAGAGAUGCUGGUCAAUAUCGUUGUGUUGCUGCCAACCAGUAUGGUAGCGCAUCCUUGUCCAUUAACCUAGAAAUAAACUCACUGAACCCGUUGUCUUUUGGACAUGUUCCAGUAGGGCCACAGUCAGCCUCUGGACGAUCAACAAAGAUACGAGCACCAUUGUUACGUCAAAUAGAGGAAGGAUCAGGGGAUGGAGUAGAGGAAGAAGUGCGAACUGUUGUAGUUAAUAAAAAACAUGCAAGACCUCUUCAACCUACUCCAAACAGACACUUUCAAGUUGGCAAGCCCAUUAGACGAGGGCCUCUGAGAAAGGGUCCCUUGAGAAGAAGAGGGAGGCCUCUAUCAACUGAGCAGAUGAGAAACCACAAUGACAGCAGGUCUAGAGUCACCCUAAACAAACAAAACAUAGACCCUCAAAAAUGGGCUGACCUACUGGCAAAAAUACGUCAGAAGACUGCGCUUACUAACAACAGUGAGGACAUCACAACAGGAAAGCCCACAGCAAAACCAUUGAGAGGAGACAAAGACUUGGAAAGAAACGAGGAUGGUGAUGACAUAAAGGGGGAAGGGAUAAAUAUAUCAGACAUGGAAGGGUCGUCAGUUGAUGACGCUGUUCUGCGAGAGGAAAGUUUACAGCCUAUUUACCCCCCUCAGACGGUAGAUGACGUAACACAAGUGGAAACUAGGACAAAAACUGCCACUGAGAGACAUAUAGACAGUGAGCCCUGGGACACACAGACACACAAGAAUGAGGCUACAACACAGCUCAAAACAACAACACAGACAAAUCCAGUCACCUCAACGCCACCCUUUGGAACUAAUGAAAUUGACCCAGAUCCAGCUGGAGGAGAACAAGAGGAAGCAAUCCCCACGUCCUCAAGAGUCAAACCUUUAAAAUCACAUAGGGGAUCCAUGCCUAAUUUAGCCCCAAAAACACGGCCUCAAAACCCUUGGAAUUCUCGCAGGAGGAUCGGACAGCGGAGGCGAGUUCUCAACAGGACAAGGGGGAGACCUACACUACCACCUCAACCUCUGCCUGACUUUCCAAAAACUGUGAUACCUGACACAACCGUCCCUGUCACAACGAACCAAAUCACAAUAUCUCCUAUUCUGGUUAAAGAGAUGAAUGAUAUUAAAACUACGUUGUCUACUCCAACAAUUAGUAUAGUAAAUCGUUCAACUACGUACAUUUAUACCACUCUAGGUAUCACCACUUCAAUAGCCGACUUGCCUUCACUGACUUCAUUGCCCCACAUGGACACAGAGACAUAUGUAGACGCGAUGACUCAUUUAGGCAACAUACCAGACAGCACAGAGUCUUGGGUCUUUAAAUCUCAAUCACCUGUGACUGGUGAUUCUCAUGAUGCGCACACAAAAACACCCUUAAGCAUACAUGAUGAUGGUCCCUCAGGCAAAAAAGGUGAAGGACUGGAAACAAAUGUUGAUGUUGGACGCAAUGUAUCUCAUUUCUCCACUAUUCUCCAAGCCCCUGUAACCUCCACAGUUUUAUUGCCAACUCCUUCAACUCCUUCAACCAGUCCCACAAAUAACUAUGUUACAAGUGGUACUAGUGUUGCAGCUUUAGAUGAAACAUUUUCAACACUGACUACAUUUACCCCUCUUACUGAACGUUUUAGUCCAUCGACAAUGCCUACCGAAACUACCCCUAUAUUUAGCACUACUAAGGGUAACACAUUUUCAACUUCUGCUCCCACAACUGUUAUUCAUUCUUCCACUACCCUUCCCCCGACUACUACUUUGAGUGGUACAAAUACAGCAGAUCUCUUCAGAGUUAGUCCUCAGAUGACUUUAGGUCCUGCUUCUUCUACUUUGAAAACAAGCAGUCCUAUUCCUGGUGCCUCCUCAGUCAAAAUGUCAUCAACUACUACCAGUGUAACGACACCCAGUGCAUCCUCUGCUGCUGCCACUACAACAACAACAUCAAGUCCUGCUGCGUCAUCCAGAGAGAGGCCAAUCAUCGGCCAGGUCAAACCCAAAGGGAGGCCUGUGUCUGUCGCUUCAAACCAGAGUCGACCCCCAACUGACUGGAGGAACCCUGGAGCUAAUUUAAUUCCGGAUUCACACAGCAACAGGCCACAGUGGUCUCCAUCUCCUCUUCCUGCCGCCCCACGGGUAGCGGUUUUAAGAUUCAGGCCAAAGAUUGCUGACCCACACAUCAGAACUGUGUCAUUCCCAGCUGAGGGCAUUGCAAGGCUGACUUGUGAGGCUCAAGGAGAACCCAAACCCUCCAUCACAUGGACCAAGAUCGCCACAGGAGCUGUCAUGUCAGUCCAUUCCAGGUCUCAGCGGUUUGAGGUGCUGCCAAAUGGCAGUCUUGUCAUCCAAAGUGUUCAGCUACAAGACAGGGGCACGUACAUUUGCAGCGCACACAACUUCCUCGGCCGCGACAGGCUGCUAACAACCCUGGAAGUGUGGACACGUCCCCCUCGAAUGCAGCUGGCUGGCUAUAGAGAAUUCACCAUCCAUCAAGGUGGAGAAGUCCACCUGGAAUGCCAUGCGAGCGGUGUCCCAACUCCUCUGCUCUCCUGGGUUCUUCCGGAUCGCUCAGUCCUGACCUCCACUGCCAACUCCGGCAAUCAUAUCAGUAUGGACUCAAACGGAACCCUCCAUAUUUCGUUAACCUUACCAAGUGAUCGCGGGAUAUAUCGCUGUGUGGCCUCCAACUCAGCCGGUGCUGCCAGUGCUUCUGUUCGGUUACACAUAUCGUCGUUGCCCCCGGUGAUGGUGCAACCCAGAGAGGAACGCCUGGUCUUGGCUCUGGGUAGACCGCUUUAUGCUCACUGCUUUGCUAGAGGGGACCCACCACCAACUUUGAGAUGGCGUCUGCCAGAUGGGGCUCUAGUUCAGCCAUCCCAGUUUCUUCAUGGCAACCUUUUUGUCUUGCCAAACGGGACCCUACAUAUCCGAAAAGUGGGUCCGAAGGAUGUUGGGAUUUAUGAAUGCACAUCCACUAAUGCAGUUGGAACUGAUAGGAGGACGGUCAAGGUGGAAAUUAAACAGGAAACAGAUGGUGAGAAAAGAGUUGAAGGGACAACUUAUACAUCUGCUCUUUUGAAAAACAGAUCUUUGUCCAAUCCCAGCUACCAAUCAAUGCCACUUGAUUCUGCUCGCCUGACCCCACUAUCGCCUUCUCAUGGAUCCAGGAAUGGGCCAGGAACAGGCUCAAAAUACUCACAUUAUCCUCGCCAGCCCACUUCUGCCGACUCAGCCUCGAAAAUCAAUAGAACGGUCAUUCCCUCCCACUCACAGCUGACUAAUUUGACAAAAACCUCAGUGGUUACCACAGUGUCCUCUGGCUUUGUAAACACAUCCGAAAAAGGCAGCGCUUCAGUUGUUUUGCGGUCCAUGCCCGUAACUCCAUUCAGCAAAGCCCGAAUUGUCUUCAGCUCACCCUCCACCACUACUGUGUCCUAUGGGGAAAAUCUGCAGCUUCACUGCUCUGUAACAGGCCACCCAUCCCCCAUUAUUAUUUGGAGGACCCCCAACAAGAAACUGGUGGACAUGCAUUUCAGUUUUGAGCGACGCCUGAAAGUGCACCCAAAUGGCACACUGUCCGUCCAGUCAGUGACAGAGCGGGACAUUGGAGACUACCUUUGCAUUGCACGUAACAAGGUUGCAGAUGAUUAUCGUCUCCUGCGUGUUUCUGUUGUUGUCAAGCCUGCAAAGAUUGAGCCCAAGCAGCCUUUCAAUCAAAUGGUCUCAUUUGGAAAGGCAUUGAAGGUGGACUGUGUAGCCUCAGGACGACCUGACCCAGCCGUGAGUUGGAGUCUACCAGACGGAACAAUGGUAAACAGUGUGUUGCAGGGGGAGGAUAGAGCGGGGCGGGCACGCAGGCUAAUCGUCUUCGAUAAUGGAACAUUGCUGGUUCCAGCAGUGGGCAUGGGAGAGGAAGGGGAAUACACCUGUUAUGCUGAGAAUCAAGGAGGUCAAGAUACCAUGAAGGUAAACGUCAAGGUAAUGACGAGAUCGCCACCAGCCUCCAGUGAUGACAGAAGUUAUCAAGUCAUUAAAGUACGUCAGGGGGCAACAGCCGUCAUUCGCUGCCAGGCCAUGGGUGAUCCUCCACCAACAGUGACUUGGUUCUCACCAGCACAUCGAGCCAUUCCAGUCAGCUCUGGUUUUUAUUUCGACCGGGUUGUGGCAGCUGCAGGAGGAACUCUGGAGGUGCGUCGGGCCCAGAAGACUGACGCAGGAAACUAUACAUGCCAAGCAAGCAACUUAGCCGGGGAAAGAAGCAUGGUGGUGGGCCUUGAGGUGGAUAUUCCUAAUGAUGGAAACAAUGGCUUUAGUGAUAACAAUGGCCAUACAAGAACAAGCAGUGGAAAUACCAAAGUAACCAGUGGUCUUAAUCCAGCCCCCAGGAGCGAUUCUGAAAAUGGUUUCAAAAAGUCUACUAGUGGAAUCACAACACAGCUCAGUCGUGUCAUUAGCAUCGAUGUGAACGACAGUGGAAAUGUCAGACUAAAAGCAAAUAACCAUGGAAUCAUUGAUAAAAAUGCCCCAGGAACUUUAAUUAGAGAAAUAACUACUAGAAGCCAUCAGAGCUCAGCUGGAGGUGGAGGUUUUGAAAGGAAUCUUGGGGCUAGUACCAAUGACUUUGCGGCUGGAAAGGCAAACAAUGACGAAAACCCCAGUAGAGACAACAGCAAGAUAAGCAGCAUUUCAAGAAAUAGAGUGUUUGCAAGUAGUACUGCUAAUCAUGGUGGGAGUAGCACUCUCAGCACAAGUUGGACCAUUGGCAACUCAGAAAUGAACAAUAAAAAUAGGAACAGUGGUUUAAGCAGUGCACAUGCAGGUGCUGCUGCCAAACGCACAGAUAUCGCCACUGAUAAACGUGUGGGUGUGGUAACAAGGAAACAGCUGGUAAUGAAAGGCCAAACUGUUCUUUUGCCAUGUCCAUCUCAUGGUUCCCUACCUUUGACCUGGUAUCUGCCUGGUAACGGUGUCCUACCAGCCCCGUACUACGGAAGCCGGCUCACGGUUCACAGAAACGGUUCCUUGGAGCUGCGAGGUGCUCGGGUGAGCGACAGUGGCACAUUGGUGUGCGUAGUGAGAGGGGACAAAGGAGAAGUAAGAAUUCAGGUCGAGCUGCAGGUCUCUGAGCCACAAGAACUAUCCAGAUCAGUUUUGUCUGCGGUACCUCGCCCAGGAGACCGAGUACAAAUCUCUCAAUCGAGACAGCUAAUACCUGAUGUGCCUUCCCGAAUUACUGUUCCUAUAAAUACUUUUCAACAAGCACCAUCUUCACUUGUAGCCCCUGAUCCUAUUGGCCCCCCCGCACCCCUGGCUGUUUCAGCACCAGCUGUGAGCACCAAAACUGCUUCUCUGAUUAGUAUUACAAAUGGAGAGACGCUUCGUCUAUCUUGUUCUGCUUCUCAAGACCCAAAACAAACCCAAGGCUCCCUUUCUUGGACUUUUCCCAAUGGCAAGGUGGUGUCCAGGGGGGACAGCGGAGACUCAGGCCGGUAUUUAGUCCAAAAGGAUGGGACACUGGUUGUGCACCAGACAUCCGUGUUUGACCGAGGCACUUAUACCUGCAGAUCCUCCAGCCAGGAUUCCUCUUCGGUUUCAGUUGUCACAGUCCCCGUCAUAGUCAUUGCUUACCCGCCACGUAUCACAACAGGCCCCUCGCCUGUGUCCUACACACGUCCUGGUGUCGCCGUGGAGCUGCCCUGCCUUACCAUAGCAACUCCCCGGGCAAUGGUUACCUGGGAAACACCAGACAUGACACAGCUCAGGGUGAUGGGCCAAGCUCGUAUCUAUGGUAACCGGUACCUGAGUCCCCGAGGAUCUUUGGUGAUACAGAACCCGUCAAGUAGGGACACAGGAUUUUACAGGUGCACAGCCAAAAACGUGAUAGGAGUGGACACAAAGACAACAUACCUGCAUGUUAUAUAACAAGGUGAAGAAUAUUGUCAUUGACUGAUGAAGUAUUAACUCAAUGCCCAAAUCAACUGCAAAGCUCUGUUGAAAUACUGGUGAUGUUUAAAAAAAGACUCCAAUCAUUUGUGAUGUGUGAAAUAUUAUUCAGUAUUUUGUAUCAGGUAAUUUGCUUAAGCAUAAACAUCUACAAGUAUGGUAUUUACCAAAUGUGCCUUAUAUUUUUGAUAGGGCUAAAACUCAUUUCAAAAUGGUGCUCAAGUUGCAGAUAUUUAUGAUUUUAUGACACUGUGUUUCUUUCUGGGCUAGUACUAAAUAACCAAGAUCUUUUUCAGUUUAAAAAUCAUGCACUAGAGGAUUAUUUGCAUUUUGCACCAUUUUCUAACUCAGUAACUGCCAAAUUUGACUGAGCAGAAGCUUAAACAAAAUGCUAAACUGGUCUUUUUUGUUUGUUUUUUAGUUUGGAUUUGGAUAAAAAUGUUUACAUUUCUGGAGUAGUUGUUCGACUGGUUUUGAAAAAUAAUUUUUGCUUGCACCUUUGCAGAAUUAACAAGGUCAGGUGAAAUUACAACUUCAAAGCAUUUAAAUAUGUUCAUAAGACAAAAGGCGUCUUUGUAAUUCUUUGAAUAAUUAGGAUUACUUAAAUGUUUUAUUCCAGGUAACAGACAGACGAAUCAUAUUUUAAUUUCUUCCAUGUUAAGUUAUUGCUCUUGUAAAGACUGUUUCUUUGUGAGAAAAAGACAACUAUGUUGAAACUGUCAAGCAACAUUAAAGUGCCAUUAUAUUUUUUAACUCCCACAAUUUAAUAAUAAAAUGAGAAAUGGAUUUAACCGUUUUGUUGCGUUUAUUAUAAAGGACGCUGUAUCGAUCCG